CGGCCAUAUUGAUUAAUCUCGUUUUCGCGUAUAGAGUGGUUUUUCUCCUUGCUAGAAACGGUUGUCGCAAUCAGAAGUGUCCCAGAGCCCCCGGUUACAGAGAGUGCGUGUGCAGCUAGCUAAGCUCCUAGAGAUAGCCAUAGCAGAAGCCAGUUCCAGGUAACAAGUUUUUUAAGAAAGGCGUGUGCGGUAUCCAUUCCGUUUUCCCGUGGUCGUGAUCCAGCCGGAAGUGCCGAGAAAGAAACGAUUCUCGAGGGUGCACCGCGCGAGUUCCGUUUCGUUCAGUUUUUCUCUUCGCGCGUUCAUUUUGUUCGGCGUUUCUAUCGCCAGGAGGUUUCUCGUGGCGAACCUUCGAAGAAAAAACUAGUGUAGUGAGUGCAGCUCCCCAUCAAGUACGGAAUAAAGGACCGGAAAACCUGUAAGGAUUAGUACGGUGUUUUUUUUGGUGUGUGAAGAAUAGUAUCCAGUGGCGCGCACGUACCGUGUACCCAUUUUUUGUGAGGACCUAAUAGGAAGCAAAAUUUGCCCAAGAUGUCGGAACGAGAGAAUAACAUCUACAAGGCCAAACUGGCUGAACAGGCGGAACGAUAUGACGAAAUGGUCGAGGCAAUGAAGAAAGUCGCCUCCCUGGACGUUGAACUCACAGUCGAGGAGCGAAAUCUUCUGUCGGUUGCCUACAAGAAUGUCAUCGGUGCACGACGUGCCUCGUGGCGGAUAAUUUCCUCGAUCGAGCAGAAGGAAGAAAACAAGGGUGUCGAGGAGAAGCUUGAAAUGAUCAAAAACUACCGCUCGCAGGUAGAGAAAGAACUCCGCGAUAUCUGCUCCGACAUCCUGGAAGUGCUCGACAAGCAUCUGAUCCCGUGCGCGACGACCGGCGAGAGCAAAGUGUUCUACUACAAAAUGAAGGGAGACUACCACCGCUAUCUGGCCGAAUUCGCCACGGGUGGUGACCGCAAAGAUGCUGCCGAAAACUCACUGGUUGCGUACAAGGCUGCCAGUGAUAUCGCUAUGACUGACCUUCCACCGACGCACCCGAUCCGGUUGGGACUGGCACUCAACUUUUCAGUAUUCUACUAUGAAAUCCUGAACUCGCCGGAUCGUGCCUGCCGCCUAGCGAAAGCAGCAUUCGACGAUGCCAUCGCCGAGCUCGACACCCUCAGCGAGGAAAGCUACAAAGAUUCUACGUUAAUCAUGCAGCUGCUGCGGGACAACCUUACAUUAUGGACAUCCGAUAUGCAGGGUGACGGCGACGGCGAGCAAAAGGAACAAAUUCAGGACGUCGAAGACCAGGACGUGUCGUAAUUUGUUACGCGGCUCGUUUUAUGUGUGAAUUUAUUUUAUUAAUUAAAGAAAAUAAGGUUAAGCAUUAUUAAAUAAGCUAUACAUAAGACAGCAACAAACAACAACAAAGAAAAAAAGAAAAAACUGCAUUACACGACAGAUAAAACUGAACAUUAAGCAGACAACAAACUCACACAUACACACAUUCAUGAACCAAACGCGAAAUACAGCAGGUAGUAGGAAGAGUGCGAGAGUGAAACAAAAGCAGAUAAUCGCGAACCAUUUCACGAAAAUUGAAUUGAUGUAACAGGAGAAUUAAGAGAACCAAGAGUCGAGCCGAGAAUCAGCAAAACGAAAGCACCGUCAACAUGAAAUAAUACGAAAUAAAAUUGGUCACCAUCUGAGUCCUCUUGGUAACAUGAACGAAUUCAACGCAGUAUCAACAAACACAAUUAGACGUACACUUACACACAUACAUAGACAAACAUUCACUCAUCUUCACACUCGCAGACACGACACGAACACAUGAAUACUUAUUACUAUUACAUCAAGAAACAGCGUAUUAGAGCAUAUUGAUUACUACAACUACUACUAGUAAAAAGCUAAUGAAAAAAAUCAGCUGAGUGGUGUAAAAAGAGAAAAAAAACCAUCAUCCAUUAAAUGUGUAUUGUUUUUGUCAAUAUAUAUUAAUAAAAAAUAAAGAAAUAUUAAAAAGUACGAAAAAACUUAAAAUGCAAAUUAAAGGCAUAAAAAGAGAGCAGCAAAGACCAAGCAUCCAUCCGCCCGCACAGGCAGACAGGAGGGUGGGAGAGGAAACGCUUGUGAUACGCUGGCUCUGGGCCAGCAAGGGAAAGUGGACAGAGAGAUAAGCUUGCUGUCAAUCUCCUGCGAGUUCAGUUUGUUCCUCCCAUCCUCGAUUCGAUUCAAGCAUGUGCUAAUAUGUCCUGCCUAGUUUGUCGGAUGUAUCGAACAAAGCGUAAGAGAGAGAACAUUCCCAAUUUUCAAGCGAAAAAAUCGAAAUAAGGCAACAAAGGAUAAGCUGUAUUCUAGAAAUACCAGGCGAUUGCGGGAGACCUUUUGUAAGAGACUUGUUCGCUAUAUUUUUGUCAGUAUUCCCGUUAUAUUCCCAGAAGAGUAUUCUAUGUGUGGAAUCAAUUCCGCAGGUCUCCCGGUGGGCUACCCGACCGCCAUUAGUAACGCGACCCGAACAAUUGUUGGCUCUUUUGCUCUUCUCUUUUUCCGGCUGGUUUCGAACGCGAAAAUCCUUGAAUCACACGCGCUAACAAGUAGAACCCUUCUUUGCUGGACUUGGGCAUACACUAGCAAGGUAAACGAUUUAUGAUGAAUUAGUAAUACUAUUACUAGGUGUAAAGAAUUCAAUUCGAAGUUAAUCCAGUAUUUGCUGAAACAGAGAUACACGAACGCAGCAAUUGUGGCAGCGUCUGACGAAGUGACAAGUUUUUCAUUAAUUAUGCCCACCAGAAAUCGACGUUUUUAUUAGGUCCUCCUUAGGCUCAACAAUGUUGAGCUUUAUGCCACAACCUUGCUUUUAGUAGGAAAUUCUGUUGAUCAGCAUUAUCAGACCCACACUAUACAAAAUGAUUUUUUUUGUCGAUGAAAAAUAAGAAACAGCAACUAUAAAGCAGGGAAAUGAGUGUUGAAAUUUGGCUAUUUGAAGCAGGGACUUUCUGGCGUACAACCGGUCAACAUCCAAACGCGGUAAAAAGGAGCACAAACAACAACUUAAAGAAACAUGCGAAACUCCCUGCCUUAGCUAGCCAUUUUUUCCGAGAGUAAUCAUAAAACAUGAAAAAAGUGCGAACGAAUUUUCUACUAAUUGAGCAAACCAACAAAAAAUAAGAUGUUUUUGUUCGAAAACGAGUAAAAGUGAAUAGUCUAUAAUAAAUAAUGGAAAACAAAAUCAUUGCAUUUAUGAACACACAUACACACUCUCGUUGACGAUUUGAAAAAAAUGAAGUAAAUCAUAAAAUACACCAACUGACGACGAAAUAAAAGGCAGAGUUAAUAGACACACACACAUCUAAGAAAAGCUAUGUUUUAAUCAGCAAAACAAAAUCGUGAAAUAAACUAAUGGAAAGAAAUAAAAUAAAAAGUUUCUAGUAGUAGCCAAUUGAAACAGCUUCUUAAUUGCAACUAAUCCUGCAUUUACUUACGUGUGUUUUUCUCACUCAUAGCCUACCUUGAUGUCCCCAGAAGCCUUCUGCUACGUUCUACUGUCUUUCCUUUGUUUUAUUCCUGAACACUCUUCAAAUAAUUGAUUAUUACCAAACAGUGAAUAUCCGACGCAUCAAUUUCCGAGUUAUAUUUAAGGCGGUAAAUAAACAGAAUAAUAAUUAUUAAAGAAAGCAAGAAAACUAUUGAUUAUUAUGAGUAGAAAUAUAAAUUAAAAAGGUAAAUUAAUUAAAUAGAACCAUGCAAAACUACUUAAAACACUAAUUAUCAACGCAAGCAGACGCCCGAACCCAAAAUCCACAACACGAACAAAAAAUCGCGUACAAAGUAAAACUUCCACAGAAAAAAAGAAAUCUCGACAUUUUUCUUAAUUCUUCUCGUUUAUUUUUCAUCCUUUCAGACAAUUUAGUAAACUAACUCGGUUGGAAGAACUACUUAGCCUUUUCCCCGGGUUUCCCCAUUGAACUAGCAAAAGAAAUCAACGUGCAACUUUUGUUUCCUCUUCAGCGUUCGAUUAACUUACCUUUUGUGCGAAUGUCACUGCAGAAAAUGCAGCGAGAACAAUUGUCUAUCAAAAAAAAAGAUGCAACCAAGAUUUUAUUUUGUUUUAUAAGUUUUACGACGGCAAACAGCAACCGAAAGGUAAUAAUUGACCGAAAUAAAAAUGAAAAGAAUUCACACACAAACAUGGCAACAAAACAAAUGAAUGAAUAACAAAAAGAACACGAGACGCAUGCAACAUGAAGAAAUAAACAACAUUCUCAUUCUAAUGCAUAAGUUAAAUAAAUGAAACAAAACAUAAAAAGCCACACCACACAACAACUAUAAACAA